AUGUGGGCGCCCUCGCUGGUGUCGUACGGCACCGCCUCGGGUGCGCUUGCCCGCGUGGCGAAGGGGUCAGCCCAGAUCUACUCGUGCCAGGAGCCGUCGUGCGGCGGCCCGUACACCUCGGGGCAUCUGCACCGCGCCGUCCUCGGGGAGUCGGAGGGGGGCCUGCAGCCUGGCGUCCGGUACUUCUACAGGUGCGGCGGCGGAGAGCACGGCGACGUGUUCUCCUUCGUGAUGCCACAUCGGCGCCUGCAGGCAAGGCCCACGGUCAUCGCCAUCUUGGGGGACCCAGGGCAGACCGAGCAGUCGGAACAUACCUUCAGCCACAUCCGCGCCGCGGAUCCCCUCGUGACCGUGCUGGCCGGCGACCUGUCCUACGCCGACUGCCACCAGCCGCGCUGGGACAGCUACGGCCGGCUGGCCGAGCCCCUCGCGGCGCGCGUGCCCGUGAUGAGCGUGGCAGGCAACCACGAGGAGGAGCCCCCGUGGGCAUGCGGCCUGUCGAUGAACGCGAGCUUCGCGGCGUACAACGCGCGGUAUCGCAACCCCUCCGCCGCCAGCGGCUCCAGCUCCAACAUGUUUUACUCCUUCGAGUCGGCGGGCGUUCACUUCCUGAUGCUCGCCUCGUACGCGGAUUUCUCCGAGGCUUCCGACCAGCUGGCAUGGCUGCGGCGCGACCUGGCCAAGGUGGACCGCGGUGCUACGCCGUGGCUGGUGGCCAUGGUUCACGCGCCCUGGUACAACUCGAAUUACGCACACGCGCGAGAUCCUGAGGGGUACAAAAUGAAGGCCGCCAUGGAGCGUCUGCUGCGAGAUGCCAAACUCGACGCCAUGUUCGCCGGACACGUCCACGCGUACGAGCGCAUCCAUCGGGUGUUCGAUGAUGAGCUCGACCCCUGUGCCCCGGCGUACUUCAACAUCGGCGCCGGAGGCAACCGCGAAGGCAUCUCUGGCUGGUACGACCCCAACCCCAGGGAGUGGAGCGCCGUCCGAGACGGGAAUUAUGGGCACGCGCUGCUGACCGUCCACAACGCGACGCAUGCACACUUCACCUGGCACAGAAACAGAGAGGAGGAGACGACGGUCUUCGACGAGGUCUGGCUGACCAAGGAUCCCAAGUGCUGGCCGGCGACUGACUCCUCGAUGGUCCUGGACGGCGACUGGCUUUUCAAUCUCGUCUGA